UGGUACGGGGCAAUUUACAUGUACCAAGGAGAUAUAUGUGUGGACUGAGUGGCGAAUCAGGCGCUGUCAUUGUCUAUAGGUAUCCAUAGAAUAAGAGUGUGUAUCUGGAAACGAUCUCUUGUUUUUAGGGAUACUGUUGUGUUUAGUUGUCUUUGGUUUGCUUAGUUGUUUUUAUGGGUUAUUUUAAUAAAAAAUCAUGAAUUUUCACAUUUUUUUCCUAAGCAAAACUUGCCGAUGUUAGUCCAAAUUUGACAUCCGCCCCCUAGUCCGUUAAUUUUUCUAACGUGGCAAGUGGUUGACGAUUGUUAAGCUCCAAUAAAACGACGAUACGUGGACUUGUGGUCCCACUCACUCUUUUAAAAAGACCUUAUAUUUCUUAUUUUUAAAUUUGGCCCCAUAUUCUUGUCUCUUUUCUCCCUUAGCACACACACCGGUGGAGCUGUGCCCAAAAGAGAAGAAGAAGGAAGAGCUAUCGGUGAUAGAGUUGAGGGGUUGGGGGGAAGCCCCCAAGCCGAGUCGGCCCUCUCCCCUUUCCCUCUGUUUUUUGAUUAAAAAACAUAGGGAGAGCGGAGGUGGCCCGACCCGGCUAGGGGCCCCGCCGACUGUUGACCUAUCAGGCUAGGUGGCCGAACCCACCAACUCUCGACCCUCAGUAAAAAACAGAGGGAGAGGCGAGUGGGGCCGACUCGACAGGAGAGCAAUGAUCCCUUAAAUGAGGUUGCCGGAGUUCGGCCACCUCACCCGAGGGUUCGCCAGCCAGCGGGGGAACCCCUAGCCAAGUCAGACCCCUUUUUUUCUUCCUUUGUUUUUCUUUGAGGGGUCGACAGUCAGUGGGGAUCCCCCAGCCGAAUUGGCCCCCCUCCCCUCUCCCUCUCCCUCUGCUUCAAUUGAUUUGACUUUGUGUGGGGGGUUCUGGAAAAAAAUGUUGAUUCUUGGUGGGUUUGUCAUGUUUGAUUGGAAUUGGGGGUUUGAUAGGGCGAGCGGAGUGUGCAAGAGAUGGAAGUUUGGGGUGAAGCUGUUUUUCGAGCGCAGGGAGAGUCUCAGCUUUGGCAGGUGGAAGAUGGACGACGACUCCAUUGUCCAUAUUGUAGGAAGCAAUGGUGAUGUGAAUGAGAAUGGGAUAUGGCUUGGGGGAUGCAUGAAGAACAGAGGAGCAGAAAAGGAAGAAGAAGAAGAAAAGAAGGAUUGGGAUGGGAAAGAUGGUGAUGGAAGUGAUACAAAGGGGAAAGAGCAGCCAUGGCUGCUAGUCAGUAGGCUGUGGAGGAGAGAGAGAUGGUAGGAACUGCCACAUCGGAUUCUGUUGGCACAUCACUGCCGUUAUCUUGCCACAUCAGAAAAAUUCACGAAUUUGGGGACGGAUGUUAGAUUUGGAUUAACGUUGGCAUGUUGAUGCUAGAUGUGGGGGGGAAAAAAAGUUAUGCUAGAUUUGAGAAAAAUAUGAAAGUUCAUGAUUUUUUAUGAAAUUAACCUUUGUUUUUAUUAAGUCCUUUGGACUCCGGGCCUGCAUUUCACCCAAAAGAAGGAAAAGGGGGAAAAAAAAAGCAGUCCGAAGGAUUAUGUUAUGUUUGGUAUGAUCGAGAUUAUAUGUGACCAGUAAUCCAGAUGGAUUAGAUGUUACGUAAACUCAGCGGUAAAUUUUCAAUAAUUGCAAAUUUCCAAUAAUUGGAAAAGACAAUUGAUUAGGGGACGAGGGUGACACGCUCUUAUCGAAUGGAGGAAGUGACGUGCUGACACCUCCUAAAUCAUUAUUUUCUGUUUGGGUUAAAUAAAAAAUACUCAUUUUUUUCUCCCUUUAAAAAAUUAGAGAAAUAAAAAAGGAUAUAGUGCACGUUUCAGGUUGAAUACUCAGUGAAAUUAUUAUCCGUAUCCCUUUAUUAUUAGAUACUAAGAUUUAUAUUUUAUUGUAAUACACCUAUGCUUUUUAUUGUAACUGAAAAAACAAAAUCAAAGGAAAACAUAAAAUAAACUAGAGAGUGAGACAUUAUGUAAUACUUUCUCUUGAUCUGAAACUAAUGCUUUAGUUAUUAAUACAUAGAUGAAACAAAACCUCAAGAUAUCCCCGUCAUAUAAACGAUGGCUUGUGUGAUCUAACGAAGACGCAGUCCAAUCACCGCAUAAAACGGCUCGAGUGAUCGAAUCUAGAAAGCCGGACAGCCCUAAAAUAGAAGUUAGACGGUUAAUCAGUUUCCACAUUUUAUGCAAUGCAGUAAACUAAUUCUAAGCUCUAUCCUCAGCCCUGAGCAGACUUGUCGGAAGAAAAAUGGACUUCCCGCCAAAACCGCCUUCUCCUUCUUCUCUCUUUACUCUCUGCUCUUUCCUACUUGUAGUAUAAAUCUCACCAAGUUUCUUGCUAGCUUCUGAUCACCUCCUUACAUAUACCACUAUUUCCACAUCGAACUCGAAUCAGUUGAGCGACGACGUCGGGGUGAGUGUCUGAUACGAUGGCAAGCGGCGCAAAUAAGCCGGUGAUGCUGGUGGGUGUUGAUGACAGCGAGCACAGCGUGUACGCCCUCAAGUGGACCCUCGACAACUUCUUUGUCCCCUUCUCCUCCAAUCAUCCCUACAAGCUCAUCAUUGUACAUGCAAGACCUACUGUGACUAUGGCUGUGGGCUUUGCUGGACCCGGAGUUGCGGAGGCUUUGCCAUACGUCGAAGCCGACCUAAAGAGGCAAGUUACGAAAGUCUUGGAUAAGAUGAAGGAAAUCUGUUCCAAAAAAUCGGUCCAAGAUGUUGUAGUAGAAGUGCAUGAGGGCGAUGGAAGGAAUGUCCUAUGUGAUGCAGUAGACAAGCACCAUGCAUCAAUUCUGGUCGUGGGGAGUCAUGGUUAUGGAACCAUAAAGAGGGCCGUGUUGGGCAGCGUGAGCGACUACUGUGCACACCAUGCCCAUUGCUCGGUGAUGAUCGUGAAGAAGCCAAAAACUAAGCAAUGAACUGCGGCUCGUGUCUCAAUCGUAGUUGAAUAUAUAAUAACUAUAGAUGAAUAUUAUGUUCUAUCAAACAGUGUACCGAUCUAUUCGUUAUAUGUUGUGCUAGUCCGAUGAAGCACAUUAUUCGACUAAUCCUUUGUUUGUUCUAUAGUUUUA